UUUACUGUAGUGUAUCCAGUAAACUAACGCUAGCUGACUUGGCAGGCUAUCAACUCUAAUAUACUGGUUUGUGUCUGGCCGCCGAGCGAGUUCAAGGGAAAACAAGAUGUCACGAACGCUGGUUAACCGCUAGCUCAUUUUCAAAUAAUGUGAUAGGCUGCUUUGAUAUAUAAAAAAAAUAGAAUGCUAAUGUCAAGUCGUUAGCUAGCCUGGCAGGCCCAGUAUCACACUCGUAGCAACUGUCAACGUGAAUACACAAGUAGAGCUAACAGCUAGCUAAUGUUAGCUAGGAAGAGCAAGAAUAUUCACUGAGGAUUGCUCGACUGCUAAACUUAAGGCCGAUUCUCAAUACACUGCUAACGUUAGCGAUCACUGUAACGUUAGCUCGCGCUAGCCAAUAGAGGUAUCAUAACUGGUAAUAAUCAGGCUAUCGACAUAACGUUAGCCGAUUAUGUGUGACUAAUGUUGACCAAAAAGCGACCGUGAUAAGUCUGGUUAUUUAACAUGUACUGUUCACAACGACACGGGAAUAACUAUUAGCUAUGGCUAAGUUAGCCAAGUAAGCUAGUCAGCGAAUGUUUGUUCAUUGACCAUUAGCAAACAAUGACUGUGGUGUCUCCCUGUACUCACAACCUGAUGGAUAGCACGCACCCUUACACAGUGCUUAGCAAGCUAAAUGAGCAGCGUUCACAGGGCCUUUUCUGUGAUGUUACCAUUGUGGUUGAGGAUGUAAAGUUUCGGGCCCAUAGGAACAUCCUGGCAGCCUGCAGCGGGUACUUCAGAAAUGCUCUGACAGCUCCUGAGGCCUGGAGCUCCAGCCAAGUGCUAGAGCUAAUGGACCUGAAGUCUGAAGUGUUCGCCAGUAUCCUCAACUUCAUCUACUCCUCUAAGGUGACAUCAGCUGGUGCAGAGGACACAGGGGGUCUUGUGGCAGCAGGAAAAAAAUUAGGAAUUCCUUAUUUAGAGAGACUUGCUGAGCAAGAGAGGCAGGGCUCAAGCAUGACACAAACCCUACCCGAGAUAGUUAAAACUACAGACCCCAGCAAGGCCCCAGUGCCUAAAAAAACAAAGAAGGAGGUUCUCAGGCCUGAGGAGAUGGACAUUGCCAGAGGGCCACGGAUCACCAAUGCCUUCUCUAUCACUGAAGUGUGUCCUGGGAACAACCCCUUCACCCCUCUGGUUCUACCCAACGGGGAGCGGCAGUCACCAGAUGUGGGACAGCUCCCAGCCAGCUGUCCUACCACCUCCUGUCUCACUGGGAACAGCGAAACAACACAUGCCCUCUCAGAACACUCAUAUGCUGUAACACAGGCUACCGAGCAAAACGAUAGCAAUGAGGGGGACAACAAAAAGCCCUCAACACCACAGCCAAAGCAACUGCUAUACAGGAAUGCAGGCCCACUCAAAAAGCGCCACAGGCUGAGAGGCACUUUGUGUAGAAGUAUACUUCCUACACCAGCUGCACCACACAUAGAUAUACCAAAUAAUGGCAGCCCCACAUCAGGUGAUGGUGUCACAGCAGUACCUGUACCAGUCAUGACACCACCUCCACUUGACUCAGUGGCAGAAACAGAAAAGAGAACAGACACAGUGGUACCUAUAGCUGCUGAUAAUGUUCAAAUUGAGUUAGAGCCACCCACACUUUCCCCUCACACAGAAGACAGCAUUUCAAUCUAUGGAUGCGAGUACUGUCCUGAGAUAUUCACAAAUAAAGCUCUUCUCACCAUUCACACAGAAGUACAUAAAAAGCGCUUUGUCAGUCAUUUGUUUUGCAAAUUUUGUCACAGGAAGUUCAUGCACCUCAAACGGCUACGUAACCAUGAGCAGGUCUGUCCCAAGGCCUUGAGAGUCCCACCUGAACUAGACUCAAAUGACAAAGCGGCCAAAGAAGUGGAUCUUCAUUCAGAUAACAUGCCAAACAUAGACAAUCCAGUGACACAACUACCCUCUGCUGACCUCCCCACCCCUUACACCCAAGAGCCUCUUCCAUUGGACCAAUCUGAGCCUCAGCGGACUGUGGACAGGGCAGUAAAGCCAGGUGAUGGCCAGAGGAUAUACAACUGCAGUGUAUGUAAACGGGCCUAUGUGACGCUAUCCAGUCUGAAGCGGCACGAGAAUGUGCAUUCCUGGCAGAGGGCCUAUCCCUGUCAUUACUGUAACAAGGUGUUUGCCUUGGCAGAGUAUCGUACCAAGCAUGAAAUCUGGCACACAGGUGAACGGAGGUACCAGUGCAUUUUUUGCCUGGAGACCUUCAUGACCUACUAUAUCUUAAAGAAUCAUCAGAAGUCUUUUCACGGCAUUGAUCCCAGAUUAGCUGUGAAGAAAAAAUCAGCCAAUGGUGGAUUCAAAGCCAGCGUUUAUCCCAUCAAACUCUACAGGCUACUGCCUAUGAAGUUUCGAAAGAGACAAUACAAGACAUACAGUCAGACAUAUUCAGAGGGUGUGGAAGGAGGUGAUCAAGCCCCACUAGACAGCAAUUCUCUUAUACACCCAUUUGAAGAGAACAGUAUUAUCACCAACCCUGAUACUGUUCCAUUUCCUAUGCCUGUGACAUUCAUGGCUACAACAAAGAUGGUGGCAUCAGUAACGCCUCGAAUCAGUUUUGACCAGCCAUGUGACCAAAAUAUUGACCAAAGCCUGAACACUGAAUUGGAAAGUUGUCACCAGAGAGGCUCAAGAAAAGAGGUUGAGCACAGUAGCUCACCCUUCAUUAGCUAUGAUAAUACAAAACCUUUGCAACCCAAUACAGAGUCCCCUGCACUGGGUUAUGGAGACGAUACUCAUGCCCUGGUGAACACAGAACACAUUAGUCAUAAUAUACCAUUCUUAAACUCUCUGAACACUGUGAACAAGCUAGGUGAGUUGUCAGCUGCAGCGAAAAGAGUUGAGGCUAUGACUAAGGAGAUACUUCUGUCAGGCACUGAGAGUCUAGCACAUGAUAAAGUGGUAGGUGCAAAGACUGAAACAUAUAUUGCCAAGCCUGCAUGCCCAGGUCCAUCUGUGGAUGGUGAAACAAUGCCCCUCUGCCAGAUAACAGUGAAAAUAGGCAACGAGGCCAUCAUCCGCCGCCGUAUCAAAGGCUCCAAGCUUUUCCCCAGAAAAAAAAAGAGAAUCAGGGAGUUGAGUCAGGUGGAGAGCCCAAGUCAGUGCCCUCCAACAAGAGGCAACUCAGACAGCCCCAGGCUGCGCCUCAGAGCAGAAGUCAGUUCUGCCAUAGAGUCAGAGACAUAUGAUGAUCCCAAUGACCGUGACACAGGUGAUAAACUUUGGCGUCCCUACUAUUCUUACAAAGCUAAAAAAAAGAGGAAGAAGCUCAGAUUCAAGCACAGAAAAGAUAAGCAGUACAGUUACCCUGUAACAUCUGUAAGCAGAAAUGCUACUAGUGAGGCCCACAUAGAGAGGAGAUGUCGGGUGACCGAUGAAAGUAGUAGUGGAGAGGGGAAACGUAGUCUCAGGAACAGCAGCCCAAGGGCCACGUACAACUGUGACAUCUGUGACAGCUCCUUCAUCACAGAGUCUGGUCUGAGAGCACAUGUUAUUGGCUCCCACCCAUGUUUCUGUCGGACCUGUGGUAAGCAGGGCCCCCCUGGUGAGGUACCUGCCGGUGGUGAUUACGUUUGCAACAGCUGCAUGGAAAAUGGCUCUUGCUUUGAUAAUACACCCCGGAGCCCCAGCACAGAGAAAAGGUAUCGCUGUUCCUUCUGUCCCCAGCGUUUUCUCUACCUUGCCACCAAGAGAAGCCAUGAGAAAAAACACCAGGAGACGUCUGCGAAGGGAUAUAAGUAUGACACCUACCCUCCAUGUUCUAAACAGUCAACACACCUGGGCAAAGACAUUAAACAACUGGCUAUCAAAACAGAAGAAACUGAGAAUCAAGUUAGCACUGACAUGAAAAGUGACAAGGUGGGAAGAAGACAUUUUUCCAUUGAUAAAAUUAAGCCUAAAAUUGAGGAUACAACUGACUAUGUGUCUGUGACUUCAAAGUCAUACCAGGACAUUUCGUAUUCCAGUAUCAAAAGUUCACUGUCAUCAUGCAUUGACCCAGGCUUUUCCUUGUCAACCUCAAAAGUGAAACAUAAAAUGGGUAAAAAAGGCAUCGGUGCCCAACAUUCUAUGCAUCUAACAUCAAAAAAACAAGCCCAUGACAGAGACAGAGAUAGCUACAAGGGUCUCUUGAUGAGACCAAGAACAAACAGUCACGAUGAUCAUGAGAAGCCCCCUAAUCUGUUUUGGAAAAAUGACCCUGAAACUAAAGGGACCCACAUUUUUAUGCACAAGCCAGAGAAGUGGAUGUGCAAACAGGAGCCCUUUUUUGAGGACCAUGACUGACUAUUAGGCAAGGUUAAGAGAGAAACUGAAUUGAGUAUGAGCCACUGCUUUGGUUAAGGAAGUGAAAGAGCACCUUGGGGAUCAUUUUGUCUUGAUAGCUGAGCUCAGUAAAACCUUCCCUAUGGACCCACACUGACCAUUAAGACCUAAUGCCAAGACAGAUUGUAAUUUCUUCCCUCCUAAACACGAGAGACUGAAUGAUUUUUCACAUCUCCGGAAGAUAUUUUUUGAUAUUUUAUAGCCUUCUGACACAGACUGUACUUUGUCCAUUUUCUAUGCAUAUAAGGCAGACUCAGAGAUAUGACUGUGUCCUCAAGAAAAUAUGUUACUGAAAGUUUCUUCAGAGCAGGAUGAACUCCAUGUCUCAAAAAGGAGUAAGGCUUCAGAGAGGGGGGAAGAUGUGUUAGAUAACCAAAUGGCUGCCUAGUAUGUUCCCAUCCUUACUUUUUAAAAUAUGUCUGAGGAAACCAUGUCAUGAAUUGUAAGACUGUCACAUUCCUGAGUCUCCCUUUCAGUUAACUGGGCAUGGUGAGUUGCACUUUAUAGUUAGACUAUGCUUAUAUGUUGACUAAAUACUUUGGUAAUUCAAAUAUAAUUAUAUAAUGAGCACCACUGUUAUAAUUAUAAUUUCUACCACAGGCACCAUUGAGAUUAAUGUUAAUACUUUUGAGUGUUUAAUAUGUACAAAACAUGUAAAACUAUUGAAAUAAAUGUUGUUAAUAUUCCGAAUAGUUA